CGGCAGCUGCAGAAACGCUCCACUCUUCUGUUCACAUCAAACAGAGGAAGAGCCAUUGGCUCCGAGGAGCUGAUGACGGAGGGAGCGCACUGUCUUCUCCAGGAGCGCGCACUCACUCACUCACUCGCUCACACACACACCGGCUGCACGUCCGGUCAGUGUGGGAUGAUGUACUAAGUGCUUAACUUCUUCUUCCCCGCCUGUAAUUAAACAUUUUUGGUCCUUUUUGGAGCUGUUGGCUGCAGGAGCGCGCAGAUUGACACCCGCCGGAACACACGGGCAGCUCCGUGCAGCGCAGGCAGGUUUCCGUCUCCACAACAAGCGGCGCGAGAGUCGCGAUCCAAGUGUUGGUGCACGAAGAGAGAGUGACGCGGACGCGGCUUCUCUCGCUGGGGAACCGGAACACGGAGGAGAACGUCUGCACACCGAACUUGGGAUAUGGCGCGUGUGAGGACGCUCGAGCUUCUCGUUGGAGUUGUUGUAGUUUUGCAGUGUGUGAGGAACAUCCGAGCCGAGAUCACAGACACUAACGGGGUUUCUUACUCGUACAUGGAGACACAAGCGGGAGACGACGACGCACCAGUGGACGUGAAGCUGUACAGUCACCGGUGGAGGAGAUGGGUCCCCCCUAAACCUCUUAACAUGGACACUAACAGAGCGAGUCAGGAGCAGGACCAGGACCAGGAUCCUGAGCAGGAAGAGCCUGAGGGGUUUCCAGGUCUGGUCUCAGCAGAGGAGGGAGACAACAGCUCCCAGAUCGAGGAGGACACAGACCACAACUACUACACAUCAAAAACAUACGGGCCGUCAGACUCCAUGAGCAAGGACUUGUGGGUGAAUAUCGAGCUCAUGGACAAGGGGAAAGUGAAGAUCCAUGGCAUUCUGUCCAACACACACAGACAAGCGGCGAGAGUUAAUCUGUCCUUCGAUUUCCCGUUUUAUGGACAUUUCCUGCGCGAGAUCACCGUGGCAACUGGUGGUUUCAUCUACACGGGCGAUGUGGUCCAUCGGAUGCUAACGGCGACGCAGUACAUCGCCCCCCUCAUGGCCAACUUUGACCCGAGCGUCUCCAGAAACUCCACUGUCAUCUACUUUGACAACGGCACUGCUCUGGUGGUGCAGUGGGACCACGUUCAUCUACAGGACAACUACAACCUGGGAAGUUUCACCUUCCAGGCCACGCUGCACAACACGGGAAGAAUUGUGUUUGCAUACAAAGAGAUCCCGGUUGAGGUGGCGCAGAUCAGCUCUGUCAAUCACCCGGUGAAGGUGGGCCUGUCUGAUGCCUUUGUGGUGGUCCACAAGAUCCAACAGAUACCCAACGUGCGGAGGCGAACGAUCUACGAGUACCACCGCGUGGAGCUGACAAAGACGAAGAUCACCAAUUCUACAGCUGUGGAGAUUCUGCCUUUGCCCACGUGUCUCCAGUUCACCAGCUGCAGCUCCUGCAUCUCCUCGCAGAUCAACUUCAACUGUAGCUGGUGUCACCGCCUCAGCAGAUGCUCCAGUGGCUUUGACCGCCAUCGGCAAGACUGGGUGGACAGCAGUUGCCCAGAUGAGACCAAGGACAAUACGUGCGACAUCAUUGACACGACGUACCUCUACCCCUUCACCACUGCUGUUGUCACCAAAACAACAUCCAGGAGCAAAGACACCACUGCAGAAGGGGACAGACUGUCCACCUCUCACACUCCCACCAGUGUCCCCACUGAAGAUGAUACAAAGAUCGCUCUGCAUCUCAGAGACAACCAGGUGAUGCCGGCCGACAGUGCUGUGGGCAGGAAGCCUGGUACGCACCCUCUACACACCGGUCUGAUCCUCGGGAUCCUGCUGGUCACUCUGGUCAUGGUUGCUGGUGUGCUGGUCACCGUCUACAUCUACCACCAUCCCACGUCUGCUGCUAGCCUCUUCCUCAUCGAGAGACGUCCAAGCAAGUGGCCGGCCAUGAAGUUCCGCCGGGGCUCAGGUCACCCAGCCUACGCUGAAGUGGAGCCGGUGGGCCAGGAGAAGGAGGGCUUCAUCGAGUCCGAGCAGUGCUGAGGCAGGAGGGGGCGUCUGCAUCCCUGCUGCCCCCCCCCCCCACCCUCCUCUCCUCCUCUUCUGCCUCCUCCACCCAUGCUAGACCUCCGCUCUCCUGCUCCACAGGGGACUUUUUUACUCCAGGAGCCUCCAGGAUCUGCAGGAGCGCCGUGUACACAAUGACUCGUUGAGACUCCCGCACCAGCCCAUUGAGCGCUAGAUGAGACGGGGAAACAACAGCCGCCGUUACGGGGAAUUGAGAAAACCCUGAAAGCUGAUGCAAACGCAUUGUCCGGCAACCUUUUCAAGAAGGACUUGCCUUGGACGGAGGGAGGGAACGGCAUCGACGUCACCAACUCAUUUAACGGCUGCUGUCGUGUUGCCAUGGAGGGAUUGUACAGCCUGACUGCCUUGACUGCUACUGGUGUGUCUGCGAGGAGGAGGGAUGGAGGGGGAGGAGAGGGAUGGAGGGAGGGAGGGUGAACUACACCACAUAUAUAUUUUCUGAAACAAUACAGAGUAUGUGAACAGAGAUUUCCACUUAAUUGUUGGUGGGGUUAAACAGUAUAGGCCUUUGUAUAUCCAUCAGGUUUUUACGUCUUUCCUUUCAUUUUUCUUUCAUUCUGUUGUUUUGACGGGGUUUUUUAGGCGCGUGUGUGUCUGAAUAGACCAUCGGUGUUGCUUUUCAAUACGGUAGCAGGCUUAGCUGAUUUUUCCCACAGCUCGCUGUUGCACACGCGGCAGUGUCCGUGUGAUACGACGCAAGCUGAACUCCUUUCACUGCGAUCUCUCACGUCAGAGUAAAAGCUCUGAGCUUUGUGUGGAAUUACUUUGACGUUUGGCUGGUUGAAUUUUACUGACAAUGAAGUGUGAGGUGUUAUUUUUGUUCACUGAGAAUAUGACGGGGUGUCUGCAGGUCCUUAAAAAGCCUUAUCAUUAAUUGUCCAAGAGUUAUCCUUUAAAUCUUGUUUUUGAAAGCUCCUCAAAAUGCCAUGGAGAUGGUAAACUGGAUUUCUACUGUAUAUUUUUGCAAAGAAUUAGGCAAAUGUAUGAGUUUUUGUAAUGUGCAUUAACGGUCUAAAUUAUAAGAACACACACAGAAGUUAAACAAGCACAGAGACAGGAAUUGAGGGUAAAAACAGAAAAUGAGUAUGUCAAGUCUUAAAUUUGAUCAAAGUGGCCUUGAAAAGGGUCUUUAAAACAUCUUAACUUUGGCUUCCUUAAACCUGCAGAUACCCUGAAUAUAAGCGUUUUUUGUUGUUUUUUGAGUAGGUGAUGGGCACGCUAUCCUUUCAUAUUGGUGGUUCGGUUGAUUUAUUUUGUCAUUUAUAGCAUUUUGGUUGUUAUUAUUUGCCGUGCCAUUUCUUUUUCCCUGACUAGGGUUUGCACAUCCCCCCCUCCCCAUGCACAAUUCUUUUUCUUUUCUCAUUUGACAUGUGGUACUAAUGCAAAAUUGCAAGACAGGCGCUUGUGAGUGUGAAUAUAUUUUCUACAGUGUAAAUGGUUUAUGUUAGAGAGUGUGAAUCUGUGUGUGUGUGUGUGAGAGAGCGAUAUCAAAACGAGAGCAGUGUGCAGAAGUGAUUGGAGAUCCACCUGCUAUAUGGGUGCAUAUGUUUGAGCUGGCUCUAGUUGAUUCUUACAGAUUUGAAUCUUGAGGUAUCUGCAUACAGUUUGUGUGAGCCAGGAAACACACUGGGGUUGAGUUGGAGUUUGUUUUGUUUUUUUUCUUUUUUCUUGAUUUUACUUUGUAGCCAGCAGAACCAGAUCUGUGUCCAUGUUUAACAAUUCAUGUCUGACUCAUCUCUACGAUACAUACGUGUACAUACUGAGGCCAAAACAUUUGCAGAUUCAGGUAAUCCAUUGCAAACAUUUGUAGGAUAGCAGUAAUAGUUCUGGGAAACUUUGUUUUUUAUGAGUGGCCUUUUGUUUGUGUACUUUUUUUACCUAAAUGUGAAUAUUGUUCCAAUCACGUCCGUCACAGAUCAAAACAAAAACGGCAAAAUUAAUUUCUACUGUAAAAUAUUCUUUCAAGACAAAAAGUCACGGUUUUACACCAAUGAUUGUAGUCACAUUUUACAGACGCCAUCGAUCAUCAUCCUGGAAUUCUACUGAAAAAUUAAACGUGCAAUAUUACACCUGUUCCGUUUGAAGAUGCACCUCCUCGUAUAUAUUUUGUUUCACAUUUGACUUUUUGUCGCCAUGCCAUUGAGACCAAAGACUAGUCAACGUCUGAGUGCGAUAUGUUUCCAAGUGUUUACCUCAGUGUCCGCAACUCAUUACCCAGCAUGCCACAGUGCAUAUCAUGCCAACUGGUGGUAUUUGGUUUGGUUUUACUGCCAUUUAGUCGUUUCUCUAAAUCCCUCACCACCGAGCAAUGGUUUUCAGAGAGUAGCACAAUUUUCAUUCAUUCAUUCAUUCAUUCAUUCAUUCAUUCAUCUCUACCGCUUUAUCCUCCACAUGAGGGUCGCGAGGGGGCGCUGGUGCCAAUCCCAGCUAACAUUGGGUGAAAGGACAGGUCACCAGUCCAUCACAGGGUAAGUAGCACAACUUGUUGAGUCUUAAAAAGUUUCGAACCCUCACCGUUGUUUUUGGUCUACCUCCGAAAGCCCCCAGAUUCAGUUUGUUUGAUUUGAAAAAAAAGUAGUAAAAGCUACUGGAAAAAAAACCCACUUAAAAUCAUAUCAUGAUAUCGCAAUGAUUAAUAUUUCACAGAAUUUCAAAAUAAAAGUAUCUGUGUUGAUAUGCAACGGUGUAUAGCUCAGAAUAACAAUGUAUUUGUGAUGCAAAAUAAAUCUGUUACUAAAAAUAACCUACAGAAAUAACUCCAUUAUGACCAUUAUGACAUGAAAUGGACUGGAGGUCCACAUGUGGCCCAUGGGCCGUGAGUUUGAGACCUCUGCUCUGUUAUGUGUAGAAACUCUUGAUAAAUUUUCCUCCAAUAUGAAUUUAAAGUGAGUUCAUGGCGUUUCUUUAGAACAGGGAGCUUGGCAAGCAUAGCAACAGUAACUAAGGAGGCCGUGGCUUGCAUCUCCUAUCUAAUUCUGUGAUAUAAAUGCGAUGUGAGACUCUCAUUAGCACAUGAGCUACACACCCAAAGAUGCAGCACAGUCUCCACGUAUGAAAACCAAACAAAUGACUCACUGGCUGCGUUUAAAUCCUUCUGUCAUAAGUACAUUUCUCUUGUGGUCUCAUUGGUGUCGGCUUGAAGGAGAAAACAAACCCUUUUGCUUUUUAUGACUCGUCGUAACUUCCCUGCAGGAUCCAGGAGACAGCAGGAGGUUUAGUGUAACAGGCUAAUGGCUUCAACACACCUUCAGAUACUCUUUUCUAACAGUCGUGUCAGGAGGAGAAACGCUCUCUGUGAUUGUUUGGGACACCUGCUUGUCGUCUUGCUGCCACCUGAAAACUGCAAGUGUUACUAUAACCACUCUGAGAAAAGUGGCUGAUGGUCUGAUUGUUUGCGACGAGCAUUGAAAACCCUUUAACUGCUCCACUGGAACUCCAUUAAUCGCUGUCACCUACGUCGCCAACAAGUUAUUUCAGAUGAUGAAAAGCAGCGUGGUGGUGGUGUUGCUGUGUGCUGUUUUGAUUGAUAAAUGACAUGUUCUUCAUUCUCCGACUCACAGUUUGGGUUGAAUGACGACCGUCAGAGUGGAGUGUGAAUAAAUUACUAUAUGACUUUUUCUUUCAGCCGCAAUCUUGUUUUUCCUUUUGUCUGUCUGUUUCUUAUGUUAUCACGACACUUCAUAGCACACAACUUGAUCACACAGUAUCAUGGCUGUCUGUAAUUUCUGUAACUACUGUUGUUUUGAUCACAUUUAAAACAAUAAACAGUGUUGUUAAAAACUU